UCAGCUCUUGAGGUCUUAAAUCAACGUUGCUGUCGAUUCCCCGUCAAUUGGCGUUGAUUCAGUUAUUGACUGCUCCAAUAAUUGACGCCAAGAACGUGGGCAGAGUUGUUUAAUGUGAUAACAAUGCUAUUUUAUUUGUAUGGCGUAUCUCGCCGCUAGGCCAAGUGUGGCUAGGCAACAAACCAUCAUGGACGAAGAGGUGGAUCCGUCGUGCGCUCCGGUGUAUUACACUGCGGGCGGCCAGGGCCCAUGUGGUGGAGGAGCAUCGGCUACCAGUGGCGGAGGAGCAGGAGACGCUGGUUGCCGGCAGUCACCGCCUCGUGUGCCAGAAGAGGACUACUCGUCAUUUGACAUUGUCAAGGCUACACAGUACCAAAUGUAUUCACAAAAGCCUGGGCGCAGACCAAAAUGCCUACUAAGUGACAGUGGCGCUUGCCUGAGCUCGGUUGCUCAUAGCGAGGAGGAUUCCAGCCAACUACUUGGACGAGGACAGAACGACAUACGACACACCGAGGUGCACAAAAUUUCAGAAGCCAUGGCCAUCAACGAAAGGGGGCAAUCAUGCAUCAGUAACCACCCAUGCGUAGAAAUAAACAAUCUGGCAAUCAGGGAGCAAUGCAUUCGCUAA